CGUCACUUCAUUUUUCAACUCGGCAGGUCCUUUCCACAAAAUAAUAUAUCAGCAUGGCAGAAUCGGCGGGUGAAAAACUGUCCAAAAAAGUUCUUUAGAUUCGAUUGAAAUCAAAAUCCAUGGAUUUUUUCGAGGGAAAGGGCAACAAUUGAUUUGACUUUAACAAUGUUACGACGGAUAACCAAACAUCUGGCUUGCACCCUGGCACCGGCAUUUCCGGACUCGUGUGCGAGCACUGAAUGUCUAAAAUUGCGUCAUAUCUCGGUGGGUGGACCUGCAUUCAAUGAGCUGAAACGAAAGCUCAAAGCCGAGCAGAAGCUCAAGGAGAAGGCGGAGAAGGAGGCAAAAGUCGCUGCUGAGAAGAGUGAUGCCAAAAGUAACGAUAAGAAGGAUGGACUGAAUAAUGUUGACAUCAGUCCGAACGAAUACUUUAAACUCCGUUCCCACGAGAUAAAUCAGCUGAAGGAGUCCAAUGAUAGUCCCUAUCCCCACAAAUUCCACGUAUCCUCAUCCCUGGAGGAUUUUAUCGAGAAGUUCUCGGACAAGGUAAAAGAGGGAGAAAUCCUGCAGAAUGAGGUCCUCAGUAUUGCUGGGCGGAUCCACUCGAUCCGAAGAGCAGGUGCUAAACUCAUCUUCUACGACCUCAGGGGGGAGGGCCUGAAGGUGCAGAUAAUGGCAAAUGCCAAGUAUUACGAGAACGAAGAGAGUUUUCUCUCUGACAACGAGAAAAUCGGUCGUGGGGACAUUGUGGGGGUGCUUGGUGUUCCCACAAAGACAAAACUGGGGGAGUUCUCCAUUCUCCCUCGUAAGAUCACGCUGUUGAGUCCUUGCCUGCAUCAACUGCCACACCUGCACUUUGGGCUCAAGGACAAGGAGACGAGAUUCCGUCAGAGAUACCUAGAUCUGAUCCUGAAUAAUUCAGUCAGGCAGAAGUUCCACGUGAGGGCAAAAAUCAUCGCUUAUGUGAGGAAAUUCCUGGAUGACAUGGGAUUCCUGGAGGUUGAGACUCCCAUGAUGAAUAUGAUAGCUGGUGGAGCCACUGCCAAGCCCUUUGUCACUCAUCACAACGAUUUGAAUAUGGAUCUGUUCAUGAGAAUUGCCCCGGAGUUGUAUCUGAAGAUGUUAAUAGUCGGAGGUAUCGACCGAGUAUACGAAAUCGGCCGUCAAUUCAGAAACGAGGGAAUAGACAUGACUCACAAUCCGGAAUUUACAACCUGUGAAUUUUACAUGGCAUACGCUGAUUAUAAUGACCUCAUGAAAAUAACCGAGGACAUGGUGUCAGGAAUGGUGAAGAGUAUUCACGGUGGUUACAAGGUUCAGUACCACCCGGACGGUCCAGAGGGUGAGGCAGUUGAGAUUGACUUCACGCCUCCAUUCAGACGAGUCUCGAUGAUAAAAACCCUCGAGGAGAAGUUGAAGGUCAAGUUCCCAGAGGCUGACAAACUCAACACAAAAGAGGCGAAUCAAUUCCUGAGUGAUUUGUGUAUCAAGCACGGGGUGGAGUGCCCUGCACCCAGGACAACAGCCAGAUUACUGGACAAACUCGUUGGAGACUUCAUCGAGGAGACCUGCAUCAAUCCUACCUUCAUCGUGGACCACCCGCAGAUCAUGUCGCCACUUGCCAAGUGGCACAGAUCGGAGAAGGGCCUCACUGAGAGGUUCGAGCUGUUCGUCAUGAAGAAGGAGGUCUGCAAUGCUUAUACUGAGUUGAAUGAUCCUGUGGUGCAACGAGACAGAUUCGAGCAACAAGCUAAAGACAAAGCGGCAGGUGACGACGAGGCUCAAUUAGUCGACGAAAACUUCUGUACAGCUCUCGAAUAUGGUCUUCCGCCCACUGCUGGCUGGGGACUAGGAGUUGAUAGACUCACAAUGUUCCUCACGGACUCCAACAAUAUCAAGGAAGUAUUAUUCUUCCCAGCUAUGAAGCCAGACGAUUCACAUAAGAACAAGGAGACUAACGAGGAAGAGAAGAAUUCUGAUACCAUCACACCUGAGAAAUGAGAAGAAUUAUUUAUGAAAGAAUGUGUUUCCAUCUUUCAAUAAACUUUUGUGAGACUGGACCAUCUCUAUUCACAGA